UGAGUGACAGUGGCUCGGACAGCGACCCUGGCUACCAUUCCCAGGCUCUCUAUGGACGAGAGCCCAGUCUGCCCCGUACAUAAAGCACCUCUGUGAAAACAAGAGUCCAGUUUUAGCAGGACUGACCUAGGCUGCUGGAGGAAAAAAAAACAACAAAACUAAGUUUCAAACUUCAUCAUAUCCAGCAACUGAGAAUCUUCUCAAUGCUCCUCUGAAGACGUGUCUGCUCUGUUGACGUCUGAAGCCUCCAUCUGUCAUACCUGUGCUAUGUUUAUACCGGGCACUUCAUUUGGGCAACUCUUCUUGGGUUGAGCAGCCUGUCGGACUUACAUGUAGCGCACCACAUGGGCACUGUUUUUUUUAACGGCGGCAAGAUGUCUAUAGACCAGGACUCCUGGGUACCUGAGGAUCAGGAAAGCGUUACAGGAAAGCUGCAACGAAAGAUGAAGCAGUCCCCUCUUGUCCCUGUAGGUUUGGCCGGGUUUGCUGUGAUUGUAGCAUACGGACUAUAUCGUCUCAAGGGAAGAGGAGAUGUCAAAAUGUCCGUGCACCUCAUACACACUCGCGUGGCAGCUCAGGCUUGUGUGGUGGCCGCAACUGCACUGGGGACAUCCUACUCAAUCUACAAGGAGUACAGGCAAAGACAAUCAUUGGAGAGAUCGACUGUGAGCGAACAACUGAAAAGAGAACAUUCUACAAAGGAUUGAAAAUUAUUUAAUUCAGACCAAGCGGUUACCGGAAAAAAAAAAAGAAGUUCAUUACAUUUAAAGUCUAUUUUUUUCGAACACUCCUAAAUAAACGUUGAUAUUGUUUGGUGAUCCAGCGAACAAAGAGACAAAGCUUAUAUAUUCAUAGACACACACCUGUUCAAGUUAAAUGAACUGACGAUUAAAUAAUCACCUUACAUUUUGUGCGACCAGAUUUUGUCUUUAUACUUUUGAUUCAUUGGAUUUUAGGUUUACUGGCUUCACGAGAAUAUAUUUAGGAAAUGCAACAAUUUUGACACGGACAGACUUUGAUUUGUCAGGUAGAGUCAGCACACGUGAUCUGAAUAUGUUUGGAUGCAACUUAAAACUGUGUUGAAGGCUUAGGGGGAUAAUAAAGAUAUCUGCCAAUGCAUGUAGUAUUAACACAGAAUUCUCUGAAACUUUGUUUAAACCGGGAAAUUCUGCUCUCAGUAAUUGCAGAGUUUCAUGUUUUUAAAUCCCAGCGUGGAAGGGAAGAGCUAAGGCAAACCAUUAUCAUCCAAGAAGAUACCUAAAAAGGAGGCAAUCAGCUGGAGUAAUAAUAUAAUUGAAUACAUGUUGCCCUACUAUGGCUCAUCCAGUCUUCAUUCACCUCCUAAUUACCUACUGCAGAAAUUAAGAGUUUUUAUCAGUGACAGAUUAAGGAUAGGGCAAAAGAGGCAGAGGCCCCAGGUAUCAGGAAAGGACCCAACUAGCACUUCUUGAGCAGGAGAGUGGCAGGAACUUAAGGAGCCAGGCAUACUAACAGUAAAACAAAAAAAACAAAGGCAGAUCACCAUAGGUAGGCUGUGUUGCAUUCCAUUUGUGUUAAAGGAUAUUUGAUACUGCCCCCUUGCAUACUUUUACCCUUGAAAAAUAUAUAGGCGUACAAAUUAGGGCUAGAUACCCUGGGACUGAUUAUGAAUUAAAGAGCCACUCGAGCAGCCUGUACAACCCAAUAGGUUGCUUACCCCAGUAAUGAAUAUACAGUUCUGUUAAGAAAGCAGCAUGAACCUUAAAGGAACACUAUAGUGACAGGUAUACAAACAUGUAUUCCUGUUACUAUAGCUGUAAUAUCACUAUCUAGGUUCCCGGCCCACCUGGAACCUAUGUGAAAGGUGUGUUUACGCGCCUUUAUUCCAGCGCUGCAGGGGUUCGAUGGCACUGGCUCCGCCCCUGAUCUACCUGAUUGGCCAAGAUCAUCAAUUCUGACAAUCUCAGCCAAUCCAAUGCUUUUCCA